UCUCUAUAGAGAUGUUCAUGUCUGAUUAAGAGAGUAAAUAUCAUAUUCUGAUAUCAUAUUCACAUUAUUCACUGAAAUCCAUCAUUGAUUUCUAUGAGCAACCUACCGUAUACUGUGAGGUGUAAAUGAAAGCUGUAUCACUGGAACACAUCCAGGCCAACCCCUUUCAGCCAGUCUGUCUCCACCAUGACAAGCAGACCCAUGCAUUUUCCUCAUGUAGACAUUUGUAAAAAGGUGCAAGAUUAAAGGGCAACUCCACCCAUUUUCAACCUAAUUUUCACUGGUUUGGUGCUGGAGAUGAUGAAUAUGAGGUUGAAAAGUGUUUGAAAUGCCCUUUAAAAGUGCUGCUUGACUGAGAAAUGGAAGCAGUUAUGUAUCAGCUUAGGGUCAUUUUUACAUUACUAUUUUACACUUGCAUUACUGUCGCUUAUAUACAAUAAUAUACAGUUAUAUUACAAGGCAAACACAUUCAGCCAAACCAGAUUCUGCAACCCUUUUCUAUAAUUUUAGCCCCUUAGAUAAAACAAUAGUCUGAACACCUGACAAUGUAUUGAAGAUACUGAACACCUGACAAUGUAUUGAAGACAUAUGACUUUUAAUUUUGAGGUGUCAUUGUAGACUGCCGACGUUUCAAAGUGAAACUCCUAUGCGUCAAUGCUGUCUGAGACAAAACGAUGGGGGAGAAAGAGAGACGGAGAGAGAGAGAACACAGGUGAGGACGCAAGCGUUGGCAGAGAGUCAAGCCUACAGCUGAUGCUAUACAUUUUCAGCACUAUAGACAGUUCCAUUCUGCAGCGCGAGCAGACAGAGGGGGUAUAAAAAGGUAGGAGCCGAGUUACUUAGCCUGCACACCAACACUGCAUAGUUUACUGGGGCAAUAUGAGCCACAGAAUGGACUAUCAUUUGUGUUCUCCGCAUAGGGGAGCUCAAGCUGAGUAUUGCUGCUAUCAACCCAAACUGACCGGAUCCCCCUCUGCAUCCAGGACCGUUGGCUUUGAGUCGACUACCGCAAUGACGCUGAAGAGCGAAUUCGGAUCCCUUCCGAGAUCAUCGGAGAGCCUUUUCGAUUUAUCAAACCCAUUUACCGAGGUUUUGACAAAAAUGAAUGAGAAAGAACAGCUCCAUGGGCUGAACGACCGUUUCGCCGGAUUCAUAGAGAAGGUGCGUCAUUUGGAGCAUCAAAAUGAAUUGUUUGAGAGGGAAAUCGAGGAAAUCAAACUAAAGGCACAGUCCCCUGCGUCUCUGGCCCAGGAGCAUGAGCCAGAGCUUAUGGACCUGAGGAACCUAGUUCAUGACAUCACCCUUCAGAAGCGUCAGAUCGAGAUAGAGCAUCAGAACCUGGAGGAAGAUUUCCUCACCUUGAGAGACAAGUAUGAGCAGGAGGCACGUGACCGCUCGAACGCAGAGAACGGCAUCCUUAUGCUGAAAAAGGACGCCAACGAUACAUACCUCGCCAAACUUCAGUUGGACAAGAAAGCACAGUCUUUGGUGGACGAGAUCCACUUCCUGAAGAACAACCAUGAGGACGAGAUAUCAGAAAUGGUGGCCCAGAUCCAAGAGGCUCAAGUAACGGUCAAGGCGCACGACUUUGGCAAACCUGACAUCACAGAGGCUCUCCGGGACAUCCGUGUGCAGUUAGAAGGUCACGCCACUUCUGACAUUCAGCAGGCCGAGGAGGGCUUCCGUGUCCAGUUCACAAAGUUAACCAAAGCGGCAGAAAGUAACAGAGAGUCGUUGAAGGCAACCCAACAGGAGAUCCAGGAGAAUAGAAGGCACCUGCAGGGGAAAACAUUUGAACUGGACUGUGGGAAAGGAAUGAGAGAGGCCCUGGAAAAACAACUACAAGAGCUGGAGGAGCGUCACUAUGCAGAAAUGAUUCAUUACCAGGUAGACUGUGGUUUAUUUUGUACCUCUAACAAUUGUAAGUAAACAUCCACAUGUUUAUGACUCAUAUUUGUAUUCAGGGCUAUGUACUAUGUGUAGGCCACAAAUAUAGGCCCCAUGUGAACUGUAUCAUUAUUGGAAUAUCAUUUCCUCAUAUUGGUCUAUAGGGGUAGAACAAUAUUUCCCCCCCUAAAUUUCUCCUUGUUGUCAUACCAGACAAAGUGGCUGGUUGACCCUAUUAUUGACUCUUCGUGUGUGCUUUUCUGUCCAGGACACUAUCAGGCAGCUGGAGAAUGAGCUGACCAAUGCUAAACUAGACAUGUCUGGCUACCUGAGAGAGAACCAGGACCUGCUGAAUGUCAAAAUGGCUUUGGAUGUGGAGAUUCUCU